AUGCCAAACUUACAAAAUGGACAAGGAUAUUUGCAGCAAUUAAAGACAGAUGGUGGAAAUGGUGAGUACUGUAGGGUACUGUAGAUUCAGUGUACUGUAGUAGGGGGGGGGGGAGGAAUAUUCGCAUCCCGCGUCCUAGAAAGCCUAGUUUUCAAGCAACCGAGCCUAGAGGAACUAAUUGUCUAGAACCUGCAUCUAGAAAUCCACUCUGGCAAGAAGUCGCGGCUUGAGAACCUUUGUGACUAGGUACGGCACCUUGGUAUCUGUAACUGUAAAGUACUGUAACUGUAAUUCAGAGUACUGUAAUUUUAAGAGGAAAUUCUGUUUAAAAAUUUUCCAUUUCUUAUUUAUUGAUCUAAAUUUCCUCUCCUAGAAAAAAAUAAAUUAUAUCUUCGGCUACUGUAGGCUUAAAAUAAUGUAGUUAUAAGAAAUUAUUCAUUAAUCCUUUUAAAAUUUUUUAAUCAGGUUUUCUAUCAAAACAGUUAGGCUUAUACGUAUUACUCACACUCCAAAAAAAAACAAAAUUAAUUAUAACUUUGCAUUUUUUUUCGUCAAUUGUCAGCUGACUUCGAAUAUGUACUUAAGUACAAUAUGAGUUUAUGAGCUUAUUAAUUCUUCAGUUGAACCAAAGACCGAAAUAGAGAAAAAUAAUUGGGGGAAAGCAGCGAGAUAAGACAUGGAUGUGGAUGUUAAUUGGAUUUUGCGUGGGCUUUUCUUUUUUAUGAGAUUUUGAAUGAGCAACAAAAAAAACAAUGUUUUUGGCCACAAAUAUAUCGACAAGCAUUUAUAUGUUUUUUUUCUCAGAAUGGUUUUACAUUGGUGUCGGAGGUGUUGUUGGAUUGGCGAGUCUUAUCUCGAUGAUUGCCUUGUUGGCAGUUCGCAAACGUCGACAAUAUCCAUCGCUUCUUUUGCCGCCACAAAAACAAGUGAUCGCAGUUCGCGGUGGAUUUGCUAAAGGUCCUGGUGGUUUGAAACAAUCGCCUUCGCCACUUCAAUCGCCUCUUUCAAAUGAUUCGACACCGUCGCCAAAUGUUCCAUUCCAGACAUUGUUGGAAGAUCGAACAAGAAAAGUGAGUCAUAAAAUAUUUGAAGACAUAUUUUAUUUGGUGAGCGGAAAAUUGCUCAUUUUUUGUCAAUUUUUUUCAAUGCCAAUUUUUUUCAAUGAAAAAAUCGAAAUUCUUUUCUGUGAACUUUUUUUGAGAACAAUAUAAGUGGAAGUCAAAACUAAUUUCAAUUUUCAGCUCUCACCAUCCGAACUUCCAUCAGAACGCGGUAACAUCACAUUCACACUCAGUUACGAUCCAGUCAGUCUCUCACUUCAAAUCGGAGUUGUCAACUGUCGUCAUCUUUGUGAAAUGGUUGUAUCACGUGAUGGACAAUGCUUGCUCGAUCCUUAUGUCAAAUUGCAACUUUUGCCAGAACGUGAACAUCGUGUUAAGACACGAAUUGUUCGUAGUACAACUGAUCCGGUUUAUGAUGAGCAAUUUACUAUGUAUGGAGUGACGAAUGAACAAGUCAAUAUGAGCACUUUGCAUUUCCAGGUGAGCAUUUUUUGAAUAAUUUCGUAUGUGUACUGUGCUCCAUCGUAGUGGAUCUUUCAUUACUGAAACAAUACAAAAUUGUGAUCUAGUAGGCUCCGCCAAAUUUUUAUCACACAUAGUUAGAAUUUCGUAUAUUCCAAGAAUAAUAAAUAAUUCUAGGUUGUCGCAUUCGAUCGAUAUAGUCGUGACACCGUCGUCGGUGAAUGCGUUUACCGUCUCAUCGAUGCCGAGCUCACAAUCCAUCCCGAAAUGCGUGUCGAACUUCCGCUCCUUCCACGCGCCACUGACAGCGUCGCUGCACGCGGUGAAGUUCUUCUAUCUCUCACCUACCAAGCCGCUUUCAACAACAUGACAAUCGUUGUGUUGAAAGCUCGCGGAUUGAGCAGAAAUGACGCGGGAACCGCUGAUCCGUAUGUCAAAUUGUAUUUGAGAAAAGAGUCGGGAGAACGUAUUGUGAAGAAGAAGACGCAUGUUCGACGAUCCACUUUGAAUCCGGUUUAUAAUGAAAGUUUCGUUUUCGAAUUGCCAGAAGAUGGUUUGGAGAGAAGUGUUAUUGAUCUACAGGUUCGUAAUUUCAUUGUAAAGUUUUAAAAAUUUAACUCUAAUAAAACUUACUUCAGGUUAUCAACCACGAUCGAAUCAAUAGAAAUGACGUGAUUGGCCGUGCUCUUUUGAACAUGGAAGAUUCGCACGUCGUCGAAGUUUUGGAAAAUCCUGGAAGACAAGUUGCCCAAUGGCAUCAUCUUGAUUAA